AUGCAGAAACCUGAAGUAGCUCCCAAUAUGAAAAGUAUUAACAUCAGUGGCUUCAGAGAGGAUUUUGGGCAAAGAAUGGUAGACUUUCCAAACGACCUGACAGACAGCGACAGUAAAUGGGAAUACGUCAAGAAGAUGAUAGAGGAGACAGCUAGGGAUAAUAAGCUAGCGAAACCCGCUAUGAAAGAUUUCAUCACACCUGAGACGGCCCGAAUCAUCCUUCAGAGACGUGAUCUAAAGGAGAACGGUAUAUGUUCUACUGAAGAUCAUCAGCGGUAUUCAGAACUAAGCCGCCAAGUUCAACUAUGCUGUCGGAAAGACUACGAUAACCACAUCAACCAAAUCUGUCUUGAAGUUGAACAGCACUCGCUGAAAAACGAGUCCAGAUAUCUUUUUCAAAAAGUAAAAGAAUUGACGGGAACACGUAAACCGAGAACAUGCACCAUUGAAGACAUGGACGGAUGUCUACUUACAAAUGUGGCGGACGUGUUGGAACGCUGGAAGAACUAUUGCGCGGUGUUAUAUGACACGGGACAGCCCUCUAGCGCUAUUAUUACAUGGUCAACAGACGAACCUGAUAUCCUGCCAUCGGAAGUUGAUUAUGCCAUCAAAAUUCUUAAGUGCAAAAAGUCUCCGGGUAAAGACGCUAUUACAGCCGAAAUACCCGAAGAGCAGGCAGGUUUCGUCAGGGGCAAAGGGACGCGGGAACAAAUACUGAACGUUCGCCAAGUCAUCGAGAAGAGCAGGGAAUUCAAUAGCCCUGUGGUCCUUUGCUUUAUUGACUAUACAAAAGCCUUUGACUGCGUGCAAUGGGAUAAACUGUGGAGUGUGCUACUUGAAAUGGGAGCUCCUGAACACCUCGUUGCCUUAAUACAGAGUCUGUACACGGGGAACCGUUCUUUCAUAAGAAUAGGCACCGAAUGCUCUAAUAUGUUCCAGACGAAGAAAGGAGUGAGACAAGGCUGCAUUUUGUCUACUGCACUUUUUAACAUAUAUGGAGAAUACAUUAUUCGGAAAACUAUAGAAAACUGGGAAAAGGGUUUCCCCAUAGGGGGGAAGAGACUAUCGAAUCUCCGGUAUGCCGACGACACCGUUCUCUUGGCAACGUCCAUUGAAGAGAUGAGUGAGCUAUUUCAAAGACUCGAGCUGGAGAGUGGCAACAUUGGUCUCGAGGUGAACAGAAGAAAAACAAAGGUGAUGAUAGUGGAUCGAGCCGGAAAGCUAACAAAUAUCACCUGCAACAUUCCUGGUAUUAGCAUCGUCGACCGCUACGUUUACCUGGGCUCCCAAAUUUGCAAUGAUGGCAGCUGUGUCCCGGAGAUAAAAAGGCGCAUCGGGAUGGCAAAGGAUGCUAUGACCCGUUUAAACAACGUAUGGAAGAAACGAGGAAUCGGUAUCAAAACCAAGAUGAGAUUGAUACGAGCCCUGGUAUUCCCUAUCUUCCUGUACGGAGUAGAAACGUGGACAAUCCUGGCCCGAGAAAGACAAAGGAUUGAUGCACUGGAGAUGUGGUGUUGGAGGCGAAUGCUAAGAAUACCUUGGACUGCGAAGCGCACUAAUGCAUCGAUCAUGACCCAGCUCCAAAUAAAAACUCGUCUAUCCACUAUAUGCCAACAACGCAUCCUUUCUUAUUUCGGCCACACGAUGCGCAGAGGUGAUGACAGUUUAGAGAAGCUGAUUGUGGAAAUGGAUCGCAACCUGGCCCAUCUAAUUCAGGAAAUGAUCCACCAGCCGGACCUUCAAGUACGCAUACAACUGGACAUGAAAUAA